AAAUAUUGUGUAUGUGCAUGAAUGUCGAAAAAAGCGAAAGAAAACGCCAAUGUUGGGGUACACAAAAAUAUUGGCUAUGGAAUGGGUAAUUGCCAAAUAGAAAGUGGUGAAAAUUCACCACAAUUAAGUAUGAAUGCAAUCAUGACUUCUUAUGCAUCCAACCAAAGAAUUGGUACAGCUCGAGAGCGAACAAUACAAGCUGUUGAAUAUUACAAUAACAAUGUGUUGAGGGCACGGGUAGGAGCCGGACUUGCCGGAGAACGCGCGUCCGUCAGUGAGCGACAUUUGAUGCAAACCCGUUCAAAAACAGGAAAUCUAUAUGGACACAACACGGAAAAUCUGUACAGAAGCAACUCCAGCCUAGAGCUACUGCAUGAUCAUGUGAACUUAAAGAGUGAUUUGGACAGUAAUCAGAUAGCUCCUGGUGGUCUGAGACGUGAAUACGGAAGUCAUGGAAGUAUUCAUGUAAUUUCAUCUGAUCGUCGAACAACAACAACUGGAGAGAGUUUCUUUGCUAUGUUGCAGGAUUAUAGACCUGCUGUGCUCAAUGUAAUUGGUGUAGAUCAAAGAUCUCCAGGUCCUGAUGAAUAUCUCAAAGGAAAGAUCAAUGAAAAUAAUCAACAAUUAUCAAGCAAGUCCAGUAAUGCAUAUAUCCAAAAUCACACUAAUCACCAAGGAAAUGCGACUGAGACAGUCGAGACAGUCAAUUGUGGCAAUUCCAGUCCAAAAUUAUUGACUAAACUUCAUAAAAUUUGGGGUCCAACAAAACAAGGACGUUCGCAGAAUUCAGAUGAAAUUGCUAUGGCAUUAACAGGUCAAUCGUCUGGAACUCACAAUUCCUUGGGUUAUGAUGUGAAUGUAUCUUUUGUUGUUGACAUCGAAGAGCGACAACGAAGACAAUCUUUCGCCCACUACGACUGCCAAUCUCUUACAGCAAAUCUUAUUUAUGCUGCAAAAUUAAGGAGUGUGCUACUGACACGACGAAGAAAUACUACUACAGGUGCUUCUGCUGCUUCUUUGCUCAAUUCCCGUUCAUCUACACCGGAUGGUGCUAAAAGUGUUGAAGAGGAUUUUGGGGAUGGGCAAAAUAAUGAAUUACUAGAGAGUUGUCCAUACUUUAGAAAUGAAAUUGGUGGAGAAAAAGAGCGCAACGUCAGUAUUACGCGAAUUAAUACACCAAAUUCUCCAAGCCAAAAUAAGAAAUCCAUACAUAUUCCUGUUCUUGCAUGCGGAUUAUCUAUUCUGGAGUGUGGGAUUGACGAAACAUUAUGGAGGCCAACUACUUGUCCUUUCCAAGGAGGCACUAGACCAAUUGAAUAUGUUGACUGUGGAGCUAAAUAUUAUCGAAAUUACUUCCUUGGUCAAGAACAUCAAAAUUGGUUUGGUAUUGAUGAGGAAUUAGGACCAAUUGCGAUUUCUAUAAAGCGAGAAAAGAUUCCCAUUUCAAAUAAUGCAGCAGAGAAUGAAACACCACCACUGUACCAAUUCAGAGUAAUUGUGCGUACAUCUGAAUUGUUGACACUUCGUGGAUCGAUCUUGGAGGAUUUGAUUCCAAAUCCACGAGGACAAGGAAAACCUCAUAAUACAAAAGAUGUUCUAGAAUGUGUAGCACCAGAAGUGCAACUUUCUUGUCUUCGCCUUAGUGUCGGUUCAACACAAUGUGAGCACCAAUUAGUAAAAUUAGACGAGCAAUGCUUGACAACAAAGUACAAGGUUGGAAUAUUGUACUGUAAAAGUGGACAAAAUUCUGAAGAGGAUAUGUACAAUAAUAUGGAAGCGAGUGCGGCUUUUGAUGAAUUUUUGGAGAUAAUUGGGAAGAAGGUGCGUUUAAAGGGAUUCGAGCAUUACAAAGCAGGUUUGGACAAUAAAACGGAUUCAACGGGAACAUAUUCUCUGUUUUCUACAUAUCAAAAUUGUGAGGUGAUGUUUCAUGUUUCUACAAUGCUUCCAUAUACACCAAACAACCGUCAGCAACUCCUAAGAAAGCGACAUAUUGGAAAUGACAUUGUUACAAUUGUUUUUCAAGAACAGGGGGCUCUUCCAUUCACACCAAAAAAUAUUAGGAGUCAAUUUCAGCACGUUUUUAUUAUUGUUCAAGUCAUAAAUCCUUGCACUGAUAAUACCCAUUAUCGCGUUGCUGUGUCUAGAUCCAAACAAGUACCCGUAUUUGGUCCACCUCUUAAGCCAGGGGGUCUCUAUCCCAAGGGAAAGUCUUUUGUAGAUUUUCUGCUGGCUAAAGUUAUAAAUGCGGAAAAUGCAGCUCAUCGAUCAGAAAAAUUUGUCACCAUGGCUACUCGAACAAGGCAAGAAUAUCUUAAAGAUAUAAUAUCUAAUUAUUCAACUACUACACUCGUCGAUACUGGACCCAAAUUCUCCAUAUUCCCGAGCAAAAAGAAGGAAAAACCCAAGCCACGCUUUAGAGGUGAUUUGAGUCAACGUGGUGCAUUUUGUUGGCAUGUUAUUCUCCAUGACAGCGAAACAGCUACUACGAUGAAUUGCUUUCUAGGUGUAUCAGCAGAAACAUUUGUUCUGAUAGACGAGACAUCGAGGCAGGUGGUCUUUGUUACGCCCACUAGAUCAAUUUUGGGUUGGUCAACGAAUGGAAAUCUCCUGAGAAUCUAUCAUCAUCAAGGCGAGUGUAUAACAAUCAAUAUGUUCGAUUAUAGUGAACGGGAUGAACAAUUGGAAGUUAUAGAGAGAUUGAGGUCAGUUACUCCAGGCUGUGGGGCUCUGGAACUCAAUCUUCUGCGAAAUCCUCUGGGUCAACUUGGCUUUCACGUACAACCUGAUGGGGUGGUUACUCAAGUAGAAAUGUCUGGACAUGCUUGGACCGCAGGCCUAAGACAGGGAUAUCGUCUAGUAGAAAUAUGUAAAAUUGCUGUAGCCACAUUGUCACAUGAACAAAUGGUGGAUCUUCUGAAGACUUCAGCUCAAGUUACAGUGACUGUGAUAGAGUCAUUCACUGAUCGAAAUCCUCGCCGUGGAUGUUUUUAUCAAAAUUGCAAGUUCAAUAUUAUGAACUAUGAUGAUGAAUAUGAAAAGAAUCUCUCAAGCAUCGGUUCAAGUCAACACCAUACCGUUUCUCCAGUGACAUGCCUCAGGCAAUGUGAAAGGAAUUUUUCACCUCCGCGAUCAAGCAAUAGUUCGGGAUAUGGAACUGGAAGUAGUUAUAGGUCAUUUGCAGCUCCUAUUGAAAAUUCUCGAAGCGCUCCAGAUAUGGGCACCUUAACAAGUUCCUCAAGUGGACACUCGUCAAAUGAUGGAAAUUGGUUUGACAUCCUGCACACAGAUGACGAUAGUUCAGUUAUUAAGAGAAGGAACUCUAAACAUACCAUUCAGCAUUAUCACAGGCAACCAAAAGAUGUAUUAAAUGCAAGGGCUCAAGCUGUGGCAUCUGCAAAGGUUCAUCAGGAUAAGGAAGGCUCAUUUAACAAGAGACCAGUGACAUUUGAUGAAAGUCAAUUCUCAAGGGUUGAUUACGAAUCAAUUCAAAAAGAAAAUCCAUACCGUACAAAGAACUACUCUGAUACGGAGCACUUGAGUACAAACAGUUUGGAGAAAGAGAUCAAAAGAUCAAGUCAUGAAAUAGCUAAUGAAAUGAGAGGUCAUGCUCUCCAAGAAAAUAAUAUGAAUGAAAUAUGUGCCUCAGGAAAAAUCCAUCCAAAUACUAUGAAAAUGUUGGGAGCAGUUCGUCCUGUGCCUGAGCCUAAACUAAAAUCGGGCAGUCGACCGGGAAAUCAGUAUAGAAAUAGCGUUCAUUAUACAGGCAACUCAUUGCAGGAAGACCUCAUGAAGCUUAUUGAUCCGGAUUAUGCUCAAUCGGUAAAUGAUGUGAACAAAGAGUUAAUCAAUCUAGAAAAAGAGAUCCAAAACAGUGCAAGUACGCGAAAUUUGGGAAAUUCCCCAAGUAUUAUGACAAAUAUAAUGGAGAAUCUCGAUCUGAUAAGAACAAAAUCUCGCUCUAGAGAAGGUAUUAAUUUUGGCUCUACCUAUAGUGCACUAAAUGCCUUGCAAUUGCCAGGGAAGGGUGAUGAUGUGAAGUCCGAUGAAAACAUGGAAGUUAUUUUUACUGUUGCACGGCCUGCUACUGUACUUUCUUCAAAUAGUGAAGGAACAAGUCCGGCACUCGAUAUCAGAAGGUCCCAAAAAUCAAAUGAACAAAUAAAAAAUGAAGACAAUAUCGAAGAAAGUAUCUUUCCGAAUAGUAGUGAAAAAGAUAUAUCGGAUUUAAGACAUUUGCCCUUGUUAACAAACACCAAUGAAAUGAAUUGGUCAAGUCUUGUGGAUACAGCAACAAAGGCUAUAAUGCAAAGCAAAGCGCUUGGACAGAAGACACCGCCGCCCCAGUGCAAUGAUUAUAUGGAUGACAAUGUGCUGAAACAAGAAAGACAUGAACGUGAGGCACGAUCAAUGGUUAAUACACCGAAGAAAGAUGACCACAAGCAAAAUUAUGAAGUGUCAGGUUCAGUAU